ACUAGGGAACGGGUUUGGAGUUUGAUCAUUAACGGACCAUUAAAGAUCCUUCAUCAGAGAAAAGGUUUACAAAACAAUAAGCAUGACAAACCACCAAACGAGAUUAAUUCCCUUGGGACCAAUCGUUAGCGAAGCGAUGACCAUGCUCCUCAUAGCAGAUAGAUAAACGACGAGGAGGAGGACAUCUGGUUUUUGCUGUCUGCCACGAAGCGCACGUCUCGUUGAAGCUGAUUGAUGACAAAGUUCAUAUCACAAAAAAGAACCUCUGGCAUUGUUGUGCGAUCUGUUUAGUAAAACGGCAAUUGGCUGAUAAGUAACCAAUCGUGCCUGUGAUGCACCAGCACCAUUCAUGAUCGGGUUAUUAGAACGACGAUCUCAUCCACAUGCAUUUCUCACUGUCUCUUGAGGCUAAUGCGCUCGCCGUAGCCUGCGGUUGCAAACUCACUUUCCACGUAUCAAUAUGCCACACCAGAUGGCGACCAGCGGAACAUGGUCGACGUCAAUGAUCUAGCCAGAAAUGUCUACAUUGACCGACGGACGCGGUGCUAUCAGUUUUAUCGCAUUUAGAAGCCAAACGUACGAAGGGAAUGGUUUGGGUUCGCGCGAUGAUCUCGGGGAAAUCCGUCAGUCCGUCGUUCCGGUGCCGCCCGAUAUCUUCAAACCCAAUGCUUUGCGCCGUAUCAUCUUACACGCAAACCGGCCAUGCCUCGUAGAACUGUAACCAUUUUGAAGGCGAUAUGGCGAUUCAGUUAGUCCGCAUGAUCGACAUUGAUCGGAUGUUAAGUAAGCCAUGGAUUUGGGUAGCUUCCACCAGUCUUCGGACGAUUUUCUGGCCAACGGUUUUUACCAUCUGUACACCGAGCUGCAGGACGAUAGGGACAUAGCGUUGGCCCUGUCCGAACUAACGUGUGCCACGUGUGAAGCACCGGAGACCAGGAAGGAAGAUCCAGCGUGUCCUGUAUCAAUAGACACACCAUUAUCGAGCUCUUUGGACCUUAUACACACGCUAGACGAUGUGAACGAUCUAGAGCUGGAGCUGAACGUGGAAGAUUUCAUUCUCGAAUAUAACUGUGUCGACUUUAGCCAACUGUGGGAAAACGAACUACGGUUGCCGGAAAACACGUACCUGUGUGACGAUUCUUGUGAAGCAUUCAUUCGACAGUCGAAUCCCGCGGAAUGUGUCACGGUUAGUGGCGAUAAACUAUCUACCGGUGAGCCGGAUGUAUCGCAGUCGUUACCAGCAACAGUGCACGGUGUAACUGAACCUGACUCGACCGGAACGUUUGUUUGUCCGUUUGAAAGCUGCCGCAAGGUGUACGCCAAACCGGUACAUCUGAAGGCGCAUCUAAGACGGCACGUGGGCGAUAAGCCGUACCAUUGCAAGUGGCCAGGAUGUCAGUGGAGAUUUUCCCGGUCGGACGAAUUAUCGCGCCACUUCCGGUCUCACUCGGGUGUGAAACCGUAUCGGUGUGAAUACUGUCCAAAAUGUUUUUCCCGUUCCGAUCAUCUGGCCAAACAUCGGAAAGUGCACGAGCGAAAGAUGAGUGUAGCUUCAGGAAAACUGAAAGGAUCAUCGGGCACACUGAUGGGAGUGGUACUGACCAAAGGACGGCCAGGUCGGAAGCCGAAACAGACCUCGGCAAAACGACCGUAAACGUACAAAUGGCCAGAUGAUUCAGAUGGUUCGCGAGAGAGUGUAUGAAUAAAUUAUUUUAAUAUAAAGAAAAAAAAAACAUUAGUAAAGAGUUCUUGUUGUUUUGUUUUGUUUUGUUGCUGGUGAAACAGUCCGAUUGCAAACAAUAGAGAGAACAAGUCUAUUCGAUAGCAUCGCCUUUGAUUGCGGUGAAUUUUUCGAACCGAAAAACGACCUUGCAUACUGAUAGGCGCAAAAAGCAUUACUUUCUGUUAAACAAAAGAAACAUGUUUUGUGCCUAAGGGGUAUGCAAAUCAUUACAUUGUUAUAUUACCAGGAAUUGCUACCUCCUUAAAUGUAUGCUCUCUUGGUGUCGAAACAUCAUUUUUGAUUGUGAGCACAAAGUUUCUGGGAAAUUUAGCAAAAUUUUAAAAAUUGAUUUAUUUUGAUGCGAAUUGGUUGGAAUGAGUUUCUUUUCACUCAAAUAACGCUUUAAAUAGAAGAAAGCAUAAAAAAUAAGAAAAAAAUAAAAAAAUUCAAAAAACUGGAAAAUUUCCUAAGGGUUAGCCUUGGUUUUUUUGAGAAAUUUAGCAAAAUUUUAAAAAUUGAUUUAUUUUGAUGCGAAUUGGUUGGAAUGAGUUUCUUUUCACUCAAAUAACGCUUUAAAUAGAAGAAAGCAUAAAAAAUAAGAAAAAAAUAAAAAAAAUCUAAAAACUUGAAAAUUUCCUAAGGGGUUAGCCUUGGUUUUUUUUGGGGAAAUUUAGCAAAAUUUUAAAAAUUGAUUUAUUUUCAUGCGAAUUGGUUGCAAUACGUUUCUUUUCACUCAAAUAAUGCUUUAAAUAGAAGAAAGCAUAAAAAAUAAGAAAAAAAUAAAAUAAUUCUGAAAACCCGAAAAUUUCCUAAGGGGUUAGCCUUGGUUUUUUUGGGGAAAUUUAGCAAAAUUUUAAAAAUUGAUUUAUUUUGAUGCGAAUUGGUUGCAAUACGUUUCUUUUCACUCAAAUAAUGCUUUAAAUAGAAGAAAGCAUAAAAAAUAAGAAAAAAAUAAAAAACGUCUGAAAACCCGAAAAUUUCCUAAGGGGUUAGCCUUGGUUUUUUUUGGGGAAAUUUAGCAAAAUUUUAAAAAUUGAUUUAUUUUGAUGCGAAUUGGUUGCAAUAAGUUUCUUUUCACUCGAAUAAUGCUUUAAAUAGAAGAAAGCAUAAAAAAUAAGAAAAAAAUAAAAAACGUCUGAAAACCCGAAAAUUUCCUAAGGGGUUAGCCUUGGUUUUUUUUGGGGAAAUUUAGCAAAAUUUUAAAAAUUGAUUUAUUUUGAUGCGAAUUGGUUGCAAUACGUUUCUUUUCACUCAAAUAAUGCUUUAAAUAGAAGAAAGCAUAAAAAAUAAGAAAAAAAUAAAAAAAAUCUGAAAACCCGAAAAUUUCCUAAGGGGUUAGCCUUGGUUUUUUUUGGGGAAAUUUAGCAAAAUUUUAAAAAUUGAUUUAUUUAGAUGCGAAUUAUUUGCAAUACGUUUCUUUUCACUCAAAUAAUGCUUUAAAUAGAAGAAAGCAUAAAAAAUAAGAAAAAAAUAAAAAACGUCUGAAAACCCGAAAAUUUCCUAAGGGGUUAGCCUUGGUUUUUUUUGGGGAAAUUUAGCAAAAUUUUAAAAAUUGAUUUAUUUUGAUGCGAAUUGGUUGCAAUACGUUUCUUUUCACACAAAUAAUGCUUUAAAUAGAAAAACGCAUAAAAAAUAAGAAAAAAUAAAAAACAUUUGAAAACCCGAAAAUUUCCUAAGGGGUUAGCCUUGGUUUUUUUUGGGGAAAUUUAGCAAAAUUUUAAAAAUUGAUUUAUUUUGAUGCGAAUUGGUUGCAAUACGUUUC